CCCCAGACAUUGAACCACAGCUCACAACUUGUCACUUUGUCUCAACUCUUCCCUGCGCCAGCCUUGCUUUACUCCGACAUCAACCACUGUCAUAUCUCCUCCUCCAUGUCCUGUCCAGAUUGACAUCUCUAAACUCUUUCCUCGCCUGGUCCUUUCCCUUCCUCGCAAUCGAUUGUCCAGAUCCAAUUGUGAGACGUCAUUCCUCUCCAUCGUCCUCGGUGGCCACUUCUCUACCGCUGUCCAACAGCCCAACUCUCAUGCAGUCGCCAUCUGGCUGAGGUGCGCGCCGUAACGCUGCAACCAAAUCUUGUUUGAGUCAUUCCACCCCAUUCCAAUCGGCCCAAUCGGCCCAAAUGGCCAAAGGCUGGCUCAUAUCCUUCAUUGUUGCAAUCUCAUCCCUGAUUCAACUUGCACAAUGCCGUACCUCCACCUCUCCUUCCCACCCCAUCCUCCUCCGCCGCCUGAAUUCAACCGUGACCAACGACGCUUGCGGCCAGGCUUCGAGCGCAUACUCUUCUUUUCGAGCAGCACAUCCCACCGCCACAACCAUCGUGAUCGACGCCGAGGUAGCCUAUGAUUGUUUGCACAGCAUUCCCAACUAUCAAGAGCCCGCUUUGCGACUCCUAGGUUCCCUACGCACCUACCUCGAAUUUCACAGUUCCAAAGACAUUCUCAAGUCUCCCCCGAACGGCUACCUCUUCCCCGACGUCGACCUCGACUAUGGGUUCGACCUCAUCCGACAGAACGUCGAAGCCGCUCAAUAUCAGAGCGAAUAUGAAUUUCAGCUUGAUAUAACCACCUUGCUACUCUCCGCAAGAGAUGGACAUUUGGCUUGGAAGGGUGACCUGAUGGGUGCCUUCACUUUUGUCAGAUCGAAUGUGGGCGCAGGACUCGUCUCCAUCUCUUCAGACGGUCAAGAGACGCCCCAAGUAUAUAUGUCUGACGACAUUGUCCAAUUCAAUCCUCAAUCCAAUGUGGUCCAGCCAGUUACCGGCUUCACUCCCUCGCCAGUCCUUGAGAUUGACGGCGUGGACGUGAACGAUUUUCUGCUUGAACAAUCUCUCGUUCACCCAUCGCAAGACCCAGAUUCUUUGUGGAACCAAGUGUUUUUCCAGCUUGGGCGACAAUCCGACUCCACCUUUGUCUCUCCAGUAUUCUACCCAGGCCCUCACACCAACCUGACUUUCGCCAACGGAACCACCAGGCAAUUUCCAAACCAAGCAAUCGUCAACGUCCCCUUGGAAGGCCUGGCCACCGGAGAAGAAGGAUACGAAGCCUUCUGUCCCGGGGCCAAUGGCUUUGUCACCGAGACUACCUCUGUUGCUUCCACUCGCACGACCCUUGUCGAAUCUGAAGACGAGACCGAAACCCCAGUGCCGGCCUUGCCCAAUGUCCCUCUCUCCCCGAAUCCUGUCAUCAAACAUAGUGCAGACUCGGUCGCCGGGUACUAUUUGAGUGAGCCGUCAUACGCCGAUGUCGCCGUACUAAAAAUCACCGAAUUCCAGUCUUUGACCAGUAGCGCCCAUGACUAUCAGGAAGAGUUUCAACAGGUCGUUGAAAAAUUCCUGUCCGCUGCGGUGAGAAGUAAAAAGAGGAAGCUCAUCAUUGAUCUGCAGGGCAACUCUGGUGGAUAUAUCGACCUUGGCACCGACACCUUUGCCCAGCUAUUCCCCUCCAUGCCACCCAAUUCAAAGUCUGAUAUGCGAGCACACCUCGGGCUCGAGAUCUUGGGCAAUGCUGCGUCUCAAAACAUUUCUGCUGUGAAAAAAACUGACAGCGAGGAGGAUGACGAGAUCGCCGAAACUAUCCUGACACCGCUUGCAUAUCAAACCAUCGUCGACCCCAACCUUCGAGCCUUUCCAAACUUCGAAGCCGUCUAUGGCCCUUUUGAGAGAAAUGGGUCCAACUUUACAGCAUUCUUUCAAAACAACUAUACCAACGUCGACGCUUCCGACGCCGUGGGAUCCGGUGUCAUCAUUACUGGUACGCAGAACCGGACUGGCUUUCGUCGACCGUUUGCCUCGCAAGACAUGAUAGUUUUGCACGAUGGGCUGUGCGCAAGCACAUGUGCGGUUUUUUCUGAAUAUCUCAAGAACUAUGCAGGCGUCCAAUUCAUCUCCAUAGGUGGUCGGCCGCAAACGGGUCCCAUGCAAUCCGUCGGUGGAACCAAAGGGUCUCAGGCCUUCACAUAUCAGUCCACUCCCGACUCCGGCCUGCUCUAUCCGUACUGGAACGAUCUUUUCUACAGCCCGACCAACGUCUUUCGAGACUCGGUAAAUGGUACCAUCUGGGAAAAUUUCACUGCAGACCCUGUUUUGCGUUCAUUUGGGUUGACAGGUGGUUCUGUCAAUGGACGGAAUCAUUACCGCAUCGGCGACAAAUCUGCCACACCGCUUCAGUUUGUCUAUGAAGCCUCGGACUGUCGACUGUGGUGGACGCGGGAAAUGCUAUAUGACCCGGCAUUUUUGUGGCGACGGCUGGCAGACGUCGCCUUCCGCGAACGGCGAGGUAAACAAUUUAACUCCCAAUACUGUGUCCGAGACUCGACCGGUCACCCGACGAGUAUCUCGGGCGGAUGGAAACCGGGGACAUUGGGGCCCCAAUCGCCGCCGGAAACAGCGCUUAGCACCGACGAAGGCUGGAAAGUACAAGGGACUCCGUUGACAUUGAUUUCCGGGGGUGCGUCGUACAAUCAGGUCGAAAGUGAGAACUCCACUCUGGUGACCAGCAACAGUACAGGAGCUUCCGAUUCAACCGAUUCAACCAACUCAACCUUGUCCCUCAAUGGAACGUCAAUAGGUGGCACAGACCUCGAAUCCAACUCCGUGGCCAAGACGAGUGGUCAAGAGCUGAGCAGCAUGGUAGAAGCGUGCCAUGGUUACAACGGCGAUAAAUGGUUUGUACAAUUGAUGUGCAACGCGCUGGACCAUGUGGCAGGCGGUGGAUGAUAGAGACGAUUGUGCUGUGGACUGUGGGCUACAUUCAAACGGGGAAAUGAGGGAUGAAAAAUGACAUUGACAAUGACGUUUCUUAGCCAGCCAGUCAUGCGUGGAGUUUGGAAAAUUUGUGUGUAUAAUGAUGGGUCGGUCGAUUAAGAAGGGCAGAUCAGUCUGGGUCGAUCGUAGCUCAGUCUUGGAAUGCAUUAGAUUUAGGUGAGAUUCGACGGCAGUGUUGGGGGGCAAGAAGAGAUAUCGUUAAAGAGACGGGUUUCCGUUGCGCAUGUACAUUACCAGGAGAACCAUUCGAUAGGGCCGCCACUUGACGGGUAUCAAUGGCUCUAUGCCGGACUUCAGCU